AUGCUGAGGUAUUUUCAGGUGCAGAAGCAACUUUUUGUGAAAAGCAGCGAAGUUUGUCCAUUUUAAAAGAAAACCGAAGGCCGUAGAGAGGAGCCACGUCGAAAGGUUGAAGGUUGAACGGUACAAGUGCUAUAACUUGAAGAUUUUCAGCGCAGAAUUCGCUGUUUGAAGAGAUUAGGAGGGGCGAAGUUGCCAAAACGAAGUUUGCUCCGCCGAAGAGACGGUAAGAACCGCAGAGGGCGGGUCCGUCUGUCGCUGCUAUUUAACUCGAGGCUCUCUCCGUUCCAACAGCUCAUUUCUUUCUCUUUUUUUAGUCUAUGCAGUUUUUAUUCUUCAACAUUUACUUGAUACCAUAUUUCGUGAAAAUCGAACCGAUAAGAAUUUUCAUAGGGGCCUUUCGAGCAAACACCUUUGGAAAACCUGAUCUUGAAAUUGCUCAGUUUUUUACUUGAGAACCAACAUGUACAUAUUUAAACCUUUUUCAAACUCAAUUUUCCAAAACUCGAAUUAGGCCUGUCCGCACUCUUUUUUCCGCUUCGGUGAUGGAGAAGAGGCCGGAAAACUCAAAAUUUUUGAAGUCGUGACAAAAAAAGCCGCGACUUGAGAUACUGUUUGGACAUACACACAAAGCUUUCAUUCUGUUGAGGUAUGAAUCGAGCUCAUUUAUCCACUAGCGUUACUUUUUUCAAUUCUGAUUACCGAAAAACUGUUUUCGAAUAGUUUCAAACCUAGCGAUUGCAGAAGCAAGAUGCAGAACGUUUUCGUCCUGGUCCUCGUCGUCCUCUGCGCCACCGUUGCUUUCGCCCAAUACGUAAGCCAAUUCAGAGUUCUUCUCUAUCUCAUUCUCUUAUUUUCAGCAGCAACAGCCAAACUACAAGUAAUCCGACCAGAAGCCGUAGGAUAAGACUAAUCGUUUGGUAUUUUUCAGUGCUGGCUACCAGACGACCCGAGGCUACAACACCAACCAGCAGUAUCCCUACAACAGCAACAACAACCCCAACCAGCAGUACGGCCAGCAGUACGGCACGACGACGCCCAACUACAACUCGCAGUACGGCGGAUACUCGACGACCAGCUCGCGGCAGUUUGACCAGCAGUUCUUCAACUCCGUCUCCAAGGCUUCCGCUCUGCUUGCUGUUGUCGGCGCCGCUCUCGCCGCUUUCUAA